AGAGACACUCCCAAACUACUUCCCAUUGGCCAUAGGCCUUUCGGAGAUGGAAUUUAACGACUUGAAGGAAAGACUGUUGCUGCAGGAGCCACGGAGGCAUUGGUUAUAAGGGCCCUUUCAAACUCCUGCUCUGAGCUUGUCAACAGGUGUCAGAGAGAGAAGCAAUAGAGCGACAGAUUCUCAGGCUUUCAGAGGACGGAGUCACAGGGAAUUGCGACACCAUGACUACUAGACUUCACUGGCUCUCAAGAGCCCUCUGCCUGAUAGACAUACUGUGCACUGUCACUACCACAUAUGUGACAGAAGAUUCUCCAGCCCCCGCUGAGAAAGGAGUCACCUUCAGCCACAUCUAUAAGAUAGACCUGACCAAGAGCCCUGGCUGUAAAUUGGCCUUGCAGACCAUGCCUCACCAGCAGGACCAGGGAUUAGGUCUGCAAGAGCUGGAGGGGGGCCCUACUCUGGAGGGGGACAAGGACAUAGUAUUCAGGCACCAAAUCAACCUCAAGACCUCAAAGUGUGACUGUGAUGAGUCGGAGCGCUUCAAGUCUUUGCUGUACAGAGUCAACGGGCUGGAGGAGGAGGUGGAACACCUGAAGAGUCAGUGCUCCCAGGGCUUCUGUGGUGGCAAAGGUGGUGGAGCAGGAGGUGUGGACACUAGUUGUAGUGGCCACGGGACCUACCAGCACGACACCUGCAGCUGCCAAUGUAACCCUGGCUGGGAAGGCCCAGACUGCUCCAUCUCCACCUGUCCUGAUGAGUGCAACGACCAUGGGCGCUGUGUGGAUGGCAAGUGUGUGUGCCUUGCUGGCUACAUGGGGAGUGACUGCAGCCAGCUGAUGUGCCCAGGUGACUGCAACGAUAAGGGAUACUGCAUGGACGGGAAGUGUGUGUGCUUCAGCCACUUCACCGGCGAAGACUGCAGCGAACAGAAAUGCAUUCCUGACUGCGUCCACGGUACCUGCGUGAAUGGAAUGUGUAUCUGUGACGAGGGCUUCUUCGGGGAUGACUGCUCUGCAGUGUUUGGCCCUAACGGCCUGCGUCUGGUCAGGGUGACUGAUGUCUCGCUGCUGGUAGAGUGGCAGGCGGUGAGAGCAGCAGAGUACUACAUCUUGGCCUGGCACCCUGAGGGCAGCGAGGCAGAGCUGGAGCGGGUCACCGUUCCCAACACAGACACCUCCUACCUGAUCACCAGUCUUAGGCCGGGGGUCACCUACAUAGUGCAGGUGUACGCUGUCAUCAAGGAGAUCCAGAGCGAGGGGGACAGGAUAGAGGCGACCACAGUGGUGUCUGGUAUUGAUGGUAUCCGGGUAUUGGGCCAGACUGAGGACUCUAUCCAGGUGGACUGGCAGAACCCUGCAGCACCUCUGGACCACUUCAGACUAACCCAUGCUAACCCUGACGGGCAGGAGGAGGAGCAGAUCGUACCUAUGAGUGCAGAGGCCAGGACCACCCACACCAUCGUAGGACUGCAACCUGGCACUGAGUACCUCAUCACAGUGCAAGGCAUCAAAGGCACCAUCGAGGGGAAAGCCUCCUUCGUCACCGGGGUCACAGAUCUUGACGCUCCUACGAACCUCUUGACCAAAGAAGUGACAGAGGACACUGCUACCGUGGAAUGGCAGAAGGUACAGGCAGAGAUCGACAGCUACGUGAUCAGCUACAGCUCUGCUGAGGGCUCCAGUGGGGAAAUCCCUGUGGGGGCAGACAGCAGCUCCUACAGGCUGACUGGGCUGAGGCCUGGAGUCAUCUACACAGUCUACAUCUGGGCUGUCAAGGGCUCCCGGGUCAGCAGGAAGAGCUCCACAGAAGCUGAGACAGAUCUGGAUGCUCCUGCUAACUUGUUGACCAGAGAAGUGACAGAGGACACAACGACAGUAACAUGGGAAAAAGUCCAGGCUGAAAUUGACGGCUAUGUGAUCAGCUACAGCUCUGCUGAGGGCUCCAGUGGGGAGAUCCCUGUGGGGGCAGACAGCAGCUCCUACAGGCUGACUGGGCUGAGGCCUGGAGUCAUCUACACAGUCUACAUCUGGGCUGUCAAGGGCUCCCGGGUCAGCAGGAAGAGCUCCACUGUAGCUGAGACAGAUCUGGAUGCUCCUACUAACCUCUUGACCAGAGAAGUGACCGAGGAUACAGCCGAUGUGUCGUGGGACAGACCUCUAGGGGACAUUGACGGCUACAUGAUCAGCUACAGCUCUGCUGAGGGCUCCAGUGGGGAGAUCCCUGUGGGGGCAGACAGCAGCUCCUACAGGCUGACUGGGCUGAGGCCUGGAGUCAUCUACACAGUCUACAUCUGGGCUGUCAAGGGAUCCAGGGUCAGCAGGAAGAGCUCCACUGUAGCUGAGACAGAUCUGGAUGCUCCUACUAACCUCUUGACCAGAGAAGUGACCGAGGAUACAGCCGAUGUGUCGUGGGACAGACCUCUAGCGGACAUCGACGGCUACAUGAUCAGCUACAGCUCUGCUGAGGGCUCCAGUGGGGAGAUCCCUGUGGGGGCAGACAGCAGCUCCUACAGGCUGACUGGGCUGAGGCCUGGAGUCAUCUACACAGUCUACAUCUGGGCUGUCAAGGGCUCCCGGGUCAGCAGGAAGAGCUCCACUGUAGCUGAAACAGAUCUGGAUGCUCCUACUAACCUCUUGACCAGAGAAGUGACCGAGGAUACAGCCGAUGUGUCGUGGGACAGACCUCUAGCGGACAUCGACGGCUACAUGAUCAGCUACAGCUCUGCUGAGGGCUCCAGUGGGGAGAUCCCUGUGGGGGCAGACAGCAGCUCCUACAGGCUGACUGGGCUGAGGCCUGGAGUCAUCUACACAGUCUACAUCUGGGCUGUCAAGGGCUCCCGGGUCAGCAGGAAGAGCUCCACUGUAGCUGAAACAGAUCUGGAUGCUCCUACUAACCUCUUGACCAGAGAAGUGACCGAGGAUACAGCCGAUGUGUCGUGGGACAGACCUCUAGCGGACAUCGACGGCUACAUGAUCAGCUACAGCUCUGCUGAGGGCUCCAGUGGGGAGAUCCCUGUGGGGGCAGACAGCAGCUCCUACAGGCUGACUGGGCUGAGGCCUGGAGUCAUCUACACAGUCUACAUUUGGGCUGUCAAGGGCUCCAGGGUCAGCAGGAAGAGCUCCACACCAGCUGAGACAGAAAUUGAUUCGCCUAAGAACCUAAAAGCGUCAGAUAUUAAGCUGGACGCUGCGACCCUGACCUGGACUGCUCCCUUAGCCAGAAUCGAUGGCUACAUCCUCACAUUCAGAGCUGAGGAUGGCACAUUGAAGACUUUGGAGGAGAAGCUGAGGGAAGGAGAGAGCAGGUUUGCCAUGUCAGGCCUGGAGAUGGGAAAGAACUAUAUUGUUACCCUCCUCGCUUACAGAGGAGCAAAGAGGAGCAGAGUGAUAGAGACCACAUUCAAAACAGUGGGUUUGUUGCACCCGUUCCCCAUGGACUGUACUCAGAUUAAGACGAAUGGUAACAUGGCGAGUGGAAUCUACACGAUUUAUAUCAACAGUGAUCGCACCAAGCCCAUGGACGUGUACUGUGACAUGGACACUGAUGGCGGUGGAUGGGUGGUGUUCCAGAGACGGAACAAUGGACAGAUGGACUUCAUGAAGCGCUGGAGACAGUACAUGGCCGGCUUUGGGAACAUGACUGAUGAGUUCUGGCUCGGUCUGGACAAUAUCUAUGAGCUGACCAAUACUCCUACCCAGUAUGAGUUGCGAGUGGACCUGGGUGUGGGUUCAGAGAAGGCCUAUGCCGUCUAUGACAACUUCAAGAUAGCCCCGGCAAAGCAGAAGUUCAAGCUGACCAUUGGCAAAUACAGAGGAACAGCAGGUGAUGCCAUGAACUACCAUCAAGGUCGCCCUUUCUCUACUGUUGACAAUGACAAUGACAUUGCUCUUGGUAACUGCGCCCUGACUCAUCGUGGCGCUUGGUGGUACAAGAACUGUCACCUUGCUAACCUGAACGGCAAAUUCGGAGACAACAGACACAGCAUGGGUGUGAACUGGGAGCCAUGGAAAGGCCACCUCAUGUCUCUUGAUUUCACUGAGAUGAAGAUCCGGCCAGUGGGCGCCGCCAGGAAGAGGAGGUCGCUUAGCAGCAGAACAGCUCCCAGAAAAUAGUCCCUCUGACUAACUAAAAUAUUCAAUGGGAACCUCAUUACAAACCAGGCAGAGUAGCUAGAGCCUCAACUCUAUCACAGGAUUACUGUAUAACUUACCUCUGUAACGUAUCACAUGACUGUCUUUAUUAUGAAUAGAGGUCCCCUUUGUGAUAGCAAAUUCAUCAGGGACCCCCUCAUAAUCAGAGUACAACUCGAGUGAGAUAAAAAUAGCAUUCAAGGAGUUUUACUAUGACUUCAGCAGUGCAUGGCCAGACGAACCAAGUCUCAGGCCCUGGAAAGGAAUGUUAAACAUAAUUUUAAAAAUGUAUAUUGUUUGACUUUUUUUUAUCUGGCCACGGACCCCUUGUGGACCCCACUUUAAGAAUCCCUGAGCUAGAUGACCCAUUGUCACCAUGUUUUUAGAAUAGUUAUACCGCUCUUGUUCACAUUCAUAACAUAGCAUAGACCCUGACCCUCUCUUCUAAGGUUUGGUCCCCUGCCUACCCAGCCUACUCUGUGUUAGCUAGACAUCACAUUUCAGAUGUCAUGCAUAGGAAAUAGAAUGGAUGAUAUGCUCCUGUGCUUGUAAGAUUGUAUUUUCAAAUGUGUAUUGUAGUUGUUGUAUUAUAUUCAUGCCACACAUUCUCAGAGAAAUAAAGUCCCCUCAAAAAAGUUGCUUUUUAGCUCUAGCAUCUACAGUA